UGCCUCCUUUUAAUUUCAUUCUCUCUCUCUGCGAGAAUCUCUCUGAUUCGCCGGAUCUGUCGGAGAGAAACAUGACGACGAGUAUUCACAUAACAGCUCUAGACGGAAUCGUCAACGUGAACUCUCUCUUCACCCUCGCCGUAUUCAUCGGAUUAGCUUGGAACCCAACCGAUCCAAACAACAGCCUCGUAACCGACCCUAAUUGCGUCCCUACAACUCGUAUGGCUGAGAAUCUCGUCGCCUUCCAUGUCUACUCCUUCGCUUCGUUCCUUUUCUCGAGUCUCAUAGCUCUAGGUCUCAAACAGGCCAUGAGGCUCAACAUAGCUUCUUCUUUUCACUUCUCUGCUCGGAUCGAUCCUGUGGUGUACUAUGUCAACAAGACGGCUCUUAGAUUUGGGAUGGUUAUCUCCGGUUUGGGAUCGGUUUGUGGAUGUGGGUUUCUCAUGUUGGCUUUGAUUAAUGUUGUUCAGAUCAAGCUUGGGACUUUGGGUUGUGGUGCUAGUGGUCAUACUUAUGCUGCUGUUGUCCCGCUUCUGAUUCUGGUCCCUUCUGCACUUUUUAUCUAUGUGUCUCUUAUGUUAUAUGCUUUUACUCGUUAGAAACAUGGAUUUUUUUUUUUUAAUUCCAUGAAUUUGAUACAGUUAGGAUUUAUGUAUGUUUGUAUGAUGAUGUGAUGGGGGAAAUGAGAAUGAUUCUUAUGCUUGAUAUGGUU